AAUUAAUUAAAAGAUGCAAAAUAACAUGCUCGAAGAUCUCAAGAAUAUUAUGAAAGAAGGAUGGUUGGAAAAAGAAUCAAGAGUUUUUAAAACGUGGAGAAAGUAAUUUUUUAUUAUGAUAAAGGCGCUGGUUUGUUUUGACUACAACAACUUUAUACACAUUUAAGGGAGAAAAAUAAUAUAGCAAUCCAACUGAAAUGAUUUCAUUAUCAACUAUUAGCACAAUAAAAUCUUGUUAGGAAGAAACCAACAAAGAGAACACAUUUGUAAAUUUAUGACUAAUUUUAGAAAAUAGAUACGCCAGAAACAACUUUUUAUUUAAUGUCAAAUAAUAGUUAAGAGAAGGAAGUUUGGAUAGGAGCAAUUGGCAAAGCUAUGGUUAAAUUACACAUGAAAAAAAAUCAGGCGGAUGAUGAUUUCGAUUGAUUUGCCAAUAUAAUUAAAAAAUUAUAUAAUUUAAAGAGAGCUC